ACUAACUUUCACGUUUAUUAUCUCUUACUCUGUUAAGAGAAACAGUCUGCCUACCUAAGACUACAUAUGCAGACGCGUUGGCCUCUUCUUCUUCUACGGUGUUUCGGUUAUGGAAGGACGGUGUGCUGUUGAGACUUGGGCAGAAUUUGGUUUUUCAGGCACAUCAUGCACACCCAAGAUCAAGUUUGGUUUCGGGACAGAUGUUUUCCUCUGCACUGGCAGCGAUGAGGUCUACGUCUUCAGUACUCAAGAGAGGAAACUCACGGCUGUCCUUCAGUUUCCUGGUCCUGUGAGUGACCUGGUUGGGAGUCAUGACAACCAGCUUCUCUAUGUGUCCUGUAGGAGUGGAGUUUACUGUGUCAGCUUGCCAUUUCUGCUCUCCAGGGUUCGAAGCUCCCCAGCUGAUGCAUCUUCCUGUCCAGCUGAGCUGAAAGUCUCCUCUGAAUUCCUUGUUGUCGGAGAAGAAGGUGUGUUAUCGCUGCUCCUCGUCGGCUCUGUGCUCCUGAUCCUUUCCCAGAGAGACACCUCUUGGCUGUUGAGUCUGUACAAAGCACCAAAACAAACACAGUCCAGCAGCUAUGAGAUGCUCAGCUCAUUCAGUCUACCACUGGUCUCAUCUGCUGUACAUGGUUACACUGAGGGAAAGACGGGAAUGAGAAGGACUCCUGUGCUGAUUUGUGUCCAUUCUGGUGAUACAAAAUCACCAUCCUCCUCCUCCACUUCUUCAUCAGAGGCAACAUUAGCGGAAAGUCAUUUUCAUCUCGAUCCUCUUCUCUUCAAACUUCUGUUUGGGACUGACGCCGCCCUCGCCAAAUUACCAGUCAUCCUUUGUGGCCUGCCAGAUGGACGCCUGUGUUUCCUCCCUUUGCGUCUCCCAGGAUCACGGCCCCGAGUCCUGCAUAGCCUUGAGCAGGCAGUUGUGUUUGUUGGAGCAUCUGUUGUCAUGGAAACGGAUCCAGGACAUGCACAUUGUUUGGUGGCAGUUGGCGAAAAAGGGAGAGUAGUGCUGAUGAACACUGACAAGGGAGGGCCAGAGGGAGGGGGCAACAAAGCUGGUUUAAUGGAGGGGUGUGUACCGGGGCCUGUGGUGUGUGGCUUUGUGGAUAAACACCAUCUUUACUACAGCACCGGUUCAGACCUGUUGGUACUGGAUCUAUCAGAAGCAUCAUCUGGGAGGGAAGACCAGAAAAGGGAUGAGGAGACAUCUCGAAAAACAGCUGCUGCCCUCCAAAACCCAACCAGUUUAAAUGUGUGUAGAAUCAUCGCCUUGGCUGCACCUGCACAAAACACUGCAGGAGAAGUUCAGUUGCUGGGGCUGUCAGUCAGAGGGCAGCUCCAGAGGAUUAUCUUACCCGUGGGGAGAAAGGAUGCAGGAUCGUCCAAUCCGCCUUCCACACAGGUGGGCCGCAGCGUCAGGGAUCUGCUGUCUGCUAUCGGAGAUGUUUGUGAAAGAGCAUCAGUUCUGAAAACUGCCAUCAAAUCCAAAAAUCAGAUUCUAAGGCGCCUGAAUCAGGUGCUGAACAUCAGCUUCCUGCUGAUGGCCAGUAGGAAUAGUGAAGAGCACCUUCCUAUGCAGGAGAAGCAAAUCAGAUGUCAUGCCAUGACCCAGUGGAGCAGACUGCUCCAGAAAGACUCCAUGAACCUGACGUGUGUCCUGGAUAAUUCAAGUCCUUAUGUUUUGGAACAAGGCUGGACACUGAGCGUCACCGUGUUUCCUGUUUCCUACUCAUCCAGUGCAGGAGGGGAAAGCUCCUCCACAAAUUUUUCAUUCCCUUUCCACAAUCUCCAACCCGGGGAAACAUUAGAGGUAUCACUGCCCCUGGCAGCUGCAGGCGACACAUCCUUUCCUAUGAGAGUCAGCUGCUCACUCAUCUUCUCACUCUCUGGUCUCCUGGGAGAGGAGGAGACGGCACACCUUCCUGACUUGCAGAGCAGCUGUAUCAGUUUGCCCUUGAACACACUGACAGUAGAUUGGCUGCACGCCCUGCAGGUGAACCAUCCCACAUCCCAUCCCAUCAACAAAAACACCACAUAUCAAUCCAGCAACAUCACAACAGAUACCAUCCAAACUUUUUUAAGCUCACACCGGACUCUGUGUAUCGGACGAGGGGAGGGAGGAGGAGAGAGUGCUUCCAAGGCUGAGCGAGAGCAGUAUUCAGCAAGGGUACGGUUGUCAUCAGAGUUACUGAGAGAUACACUGGUGCUGAAAAGCUCAGAUUUGGACCCUCAGGGGCCAAAGUUGGCUCCUCAAAAUCUCGGCCUGUCUGUAGUGGACUGGCUGUUGUCUGUAGGUUCUGGAGGAGUGAAGAUGGGACACCAAGGAGACAAGAUUGCCCUGAGCAGCUCAAUUGUCCAUGCUCGAGGCCCAAAUGGAGACAUAGUCAAACUAACGGCAAAAGAGGUGAAUAUAGGGGAGGGGAGCUCGGAGAAGGAGGAGUCUCUGAGCACAGUAGAAGUUCGGGUAGAGAGCUCAUCUGUAGCAGCAGUGUGUGGACUGCACCAUGCUGUGCUGCGCCGGGUACAGGCUCUGUUGCAGAGUGCUCCUGAGAGGACUGCUUCCACAAAGAGGGUUCAGAGUUUAGGUUUGAGGCAGGCACUGCAGCGGGCCGAGCGCCUGUUACAGCAGAUCCAACAAAGUCGAAUCUCAGAGGCUUUUGGCGUGGGCGUGUCCACAGGGCAGAGUGCUCGAUCCCUCCUUAGUGUUUACCGAGAGCUCAGAGAAAACCCUCUCCUCAUAAUUUAAUACUUUUUUUUUUCAGCCAAGCCUACACAGCUGCCCUUAACCUUGUUCGGUGUUAUGUAAUCUGUCUUUGUAGCUGACUGAAAAGUGGUGUCCAUAAUAAUUUCUAUUUCAAAUAUACUUUUGUUUCACUGUAAACGACUGUGACAAUUUUGUUUUAUCCUCAUGCAAGCCAUUAUUUUUGCUAU